AUGUACAAGUCCCCACGCUCCGCACACCUCGCCGACAACUUCUGGUUGCAUGUAUAUUCGCCGAGGCACACAUGCGGCGUCCGUUCCGGCCAGACACGUAUCCGACCACACGCCAUCGACCACACGCCAGACAGCCCAUGCUAUGGCACACCAGGGCGCCGCACUGACGAAAAUGAGAAAGCCAGGGUGGUGAGUACGAAUGUGGUCCACCCAACAGGCCUCCGCUUGCUAACGAAAUCGGCCCCCAUCUGCAGCCUCCCGUGUCGAGACCGGCAUCUGCGGUGUGACCGCGACGUGCCAAGCUGCUCGGCCUGCCGCAGGUCCCGACAACCGCGGCGAUGUGAAUAUGCGGGAGCGGCGCUGCGGGUGCGGCCGAGUGUCUAUACAGAGCGGGUUCGAGUUCGGGGACGUGCAAGCAACAGCCAGGCCAGCGACGAUACCGCCGUGCGUGCUGAAGCGGCCGAUGAGGCCGACGAGGCCGACGAGGCCGAUGCACGGUCCACGACAACAAUCGCCGUCUCGUCGAUAUCGAGUCCACGCGUCGACAGGGAUCGUGCCACCGAUGCCGUCAGCACAAGCCGUGCGCAGCAACAGACAUCCCUUGUCCCCCGCCUCUCGCGCUGGUCGCCCAUUGUCUCUCUGCCGCGCCAUGUGGUCGCCAACCCGGGCGACGCCGAGCUGUUUGAGUUUUACAUUCGCGAGACGGGCGUCUGGCUCGACAUUGUGUCGCCGACGUGCUUUUUCAGCGAGACGGUGCCACGGCUGGCGCUGCACGACCCGGUCCUCUUUUCGGCGUGUCUGUCGUACGCGGCGCGCAUCCGCGCGCUGACGGGCGCCCUCGACCCGGCGCAGGGCGAGCUGUACGGUAGCCGGGCGAUUGAGGCGCUGCUCUCGACGCUGUCGUCACGUAGCCGCAGCGACAACGGCGACAACGACAACGACGUGCUGUGCGCGGCCGUCGUCAUCCUGCGCAUGGCCGAGCAGUUUUCGGAGAUGCAGGAGGACAUGCAAUGCCACCUCAUGGGGGCGUCGUCGCUGUUUGCGCGCAACCCAGACCACGCGUUGGACUUUGACGAUGCCGUGGCGUUUUGGGUGUACAAGCGGCAGAGCAUCCGCAUGGCGGUCUUGAACGAGGAGCCCUGCGAGAUGGAGGAGAUGGAUGUGGACGUCGACGUCGACGUGGAUGUGGACAGGCAGUGGCUGGCCCCCGUGUCCGACGAGGCCUGGGCCAACCGCGCCACGUACUUGUUUGCGCGCGCGUGCUCCGUCUGCUGGGACGCAACGCUGGCCGACGCCGCCCGCGCGGCGCGGCUGCUCGAGCUGCACCGCCUGCUGGCCCAGUGGCACGAGCGCGUGCCCGCGACGUACCAGCCGUGGGCCCGCUACCAGGCGCCCGACGACCCGUUCCCGACGCUGCGCUACGUGAGCACCUGGCACGUCGUCGGCUGGCAGUACUACUAUGGCGCCAAGGUCCUGGUGGCCUUGCAUCGACGCCCGCAGGACACCAACACUACCAACACCGACACCACCACCCCAGCCAACAUGCUCGCCCUGGGCCGCUACAUGGAGGCCGAGGUCCUGGAGCCGACGCGCGUGCUGUGCGGCAUCACCAUGGCGUCACCGGCGUUCGGGGCCACCAUCAACGGCACCGCCAUCAUCGCGUGGCUCGGCCAAGUGUUUUCCCACCGGGACGACCAGACGCGCCUGCUCACCUUUUUGCAGGACUUUAUGCAGCGCACAAAGUGGCCCAAUGCGACGUGCUGCGACAAGCUGCAGCGCAUCUGGAGCGGCGAGGCCCAGUCAUGGGUGCAGUAG